AUGCGCAAUAGUCUAAUAACCCAACUUGAAUUCAAAGAUGGAAUAUAUUAAGGAUAAACAUUACAAUCAAGAUAUAAAUAAGGAAUUGGAGUUUAUUUAUGGGAGAAUGGAUCUGCUUAUUUUGGUGAAUGGAAAUCAGAUUAAAUAGAUGGUAAUGGAAUUCUGUUCUUACCACCUAAAACUAUAAUACAAGGAUAAUUUAACACAGGAAAAUUACAUGGAAAUACUCUUAUAUCGACAAGGUUAGCUAAAUAUUAAGGUAAAUGGCUCAACGGUUUACCUAAUGGAAGUAUGACUGGUUAUUCAAACUAAGGAGAAGUUACUAUAGCUUUCUAAGAUGGUAAACCUACUAGAGGUUUAAGUUAAAGAGAAUAAUCAUUCGAUGUACCUAGUAUAAAGAAUGUUUAAUGUUACAACAGUUCUGCUUUAUAAUCUAUUGAUUGGUUAGAUGGAACUUUCUAUGGAGUUACAGCUAAAAAUUCAGCUAAUAAAAUUGCACCUAAUGGUUUAGGUAUUUAUUUACCCAAAAAUGCAUUAUUUUAAUGUGGAUAAUUUAAAGAUGGACACUUAAAUGGUUUAGGUAGAGUAUAACAAACAACAGGUGAAGUAUAUUAAGGAUUUUUUGAAAAUGGAAAAUAUCAUGGAAGAGGCAUCUAUUUAUUUAAAGAAGAUGAAUUAUAAUGGGUAAAGGGUUUGUGGAGAUUUGGAGACUUAAUUGAAAUAUACCAAAAUGGAUUAGUUAAAAAUUGUACUGCUCCUAAAGAUCUUAUGUGUAUAUUUAUUAUUUCAUUAUUUAGUUCCAUACAGUGAUCAUAAAAACCCUAUCUCUAUUAGAUAACCAAUCAAUCUUAAUAAUAUUAAGGAAAUUGAAGACUUAUUUUAAAUACAAUUCUCUAGAUAAUAACCUAUCCAAUAAUAAACUACUAAUACUAAUACUACUCCGAGUCCUGAACCUAAAACAAAACUCUCUAAUCAUAAAUAUUUUUAAAAUUCCAUGACUACCUCUUAUUAGAGAAUUUCAGAUGCUCUACUUACAAAUAAAUAAAACUCAUCUCCUGAAAGAAACAGCACAUAAUUAAUCAACUAUUAUAAAGGAUAAUUAAAAGAUAUUGAUUAAAAUGAAUUAAAAUAAUCAUCUAAAUCUAGCAAACCUAAAUCAAAUACUAAAAAAUCUCAUUCUAAUUCUAAAAAAUGUUUAAUUCAAAAUUCUAUCAAUAAAGAUUCAAUUAAUAAUAAAUCAUCAAGUAAAUUAAAUUAAUCAGCCUAUGUUGAAGAAAUUAAAAAACUAUAAACUCAAUUCACCAAACCUUUUGAUCACAAUAAAAGUGUUCAAUCUCAAUAAAGCUAAAUUUAUUAAGCAAUCUUGGAUAGUGAAGAACAUUCUAGUUAGAGAAGCGAAUUAUUUUAAGAAAAGUAAUAAUCAUCACCAAAAGAUCAUAUCGAUUAAAUUAUACAAAAAUCUAAAAAUUAUUAAAAAUAACAAUCUAUUGAAUAAUCAAAAUAAUCCAUGCUUGAUUAAUCAAGAUAAUCGAGAUAAUCAAGAUAAUCUUAUUAAUCAAAAUAACUCAAAAGUCCUUAAAAUUUAUAACAAUCUAAAUCAUCAUAAUAAUCAAGAUGUAAAUCUUCUGAAGGUAAUAAAAAAUAGUUUCAAUAAAAACAUGAAUUUUAAGAUCUAAAUAAAUUCAAAAGUGAAGGUAAUUAAAUAAAAAAUAAUGCAAGUAAAUAAACAGAAUAACUUCCAUUAGAUACAUCUGAAUAAUCUUAAAAAUUAUGGGAAUCCAGAUAAAUUAAAGAAUUUUCAUAAUAAAGAGAUUCAAAACCAUCAAUCUAAUCCUCAUAACCUGUAUCAUAAAGAAUUUCAAUCAAUUCUAUGAAUUAAGUUGCUUCUUAACAAAUUACUCCCCAGUAAUCACAUAGAGAUUAAUAUGAAUAAAUUAAGUAAUAAUCAUAAUAAUUAUAAUAAAUUUAAUAGUUUUAAGAAUCCUAAUAAAUCAAAAAACUAUAAUAAUCAUAAUAGUCUUAAUAAUAAAUAAAUCAAUAAUAAUAAUAAGACAUAGAUCAUAACAAAAAGUUGAGUUUCUGUUAAUAAGAUUUUGCUUUAGAUAUGAGAAAUACAGCAAUAUUUAAUUAAGUUGAAUCUAAUCAAUCUAGUUAAAUGAAAUUUCAUAAACAUAAAAGAAGUUAAUCAUAAACUGAUUUUGAUAAAUUUGACAUCUAAGAUGAUACUUAAAUGAAAUUAAUCAAAUAAUAAUAAUAAUAUAUGUAAUAACUAAUAGAAUAAUAAUAAAAAGAACUAGAAUAGCUUAAAUUUCAGUAAUAAUAAUUAGAAGAAGAAAAUUAAAUCUCAUAAAGUAGACCAGGAUAUAAAACUAAUGCUUCAAUGGAUUCAUAAGAGAGUUAUCCUUAGUAAUAAUCUGAAAGCUUUCAUUAAGAUUUUAUCAAAUCAGUAAGUGAUGUAUUAAAGAGUGAGUUGAAAAAAAAAUAAGAAGAUUCAAUUAUCAGAGAUUAUUAAAAUAAUUCUCCUCAUUUUGAACAAUCAAAAAUAACAAAUAAUUAGCAAUCUAUGUUUUUUAAUGACGUUUAGAGUUUAGAAAAUGUUAAUGUAAAUGAAAGAGUAAAUAAGAGAACAUCAAGCAAAUAAUAAGAAGAUAUCAAUAAAUCAAGAGCUGAGUCUCUAUUGAUAAAAAAAUAACCAGUAUCUCACAGUGAAUUAGAUGAUUUGUAAAUUGAUAAAGUUUAAGAUGCAUUGUCUAAAUAAUCUAGACAAUCAAGACAAUCAUUUCAAUCAAGAUUUUCUGGAGAAAAUAAAUAGUAAAGAUCUUAAUCACAUCAAUCAAGUUAACGAAAUUAUUCCAAUUAAUAACAUUCCUUUUAUUAAUAAUAAUCACAGGAAUAAUUUUAUGCUCAAAAAUAGUCAUCAGCUAUUUAAGAAAAUGAGUAGUCUUAAAAUCAAUCAUAAAAUCAAGAUUAAUACAUUAAAGUUGAAUUAAUUACUUAAAUUAAUAACUAAGAUCAAAUACGUCAUAUUGAAAAUAAACAAGAUCAAAUACGUUAUAUUGAAAAUUAAUAAGAUCAAAUACGUCAUAUUAAAAAUUAGCAAGAUCAAAUACCUCAUAUUGAGAAUAAAUAAGACUAAUCAUUUAGUUCACAAUAGAUAUCUAAUAUUUCUAAUCAAUUUUAAAAUGAAACAAAUAGUAUAAAAAAAUAAACUCAAGAAGAGUCUAUUUUAUCAAAAUAAAAAUAAUAAGAUAAUAAUAUUCUAAAAUAAAAAUAAUAAAAUACUGUAUUAAAAAAGAAAGAGUAAGAUUAAAGUAAAUAAGAAGAAUCAAAUGACUAAUUAAUCAAAAAAUAAUCCUAAAAAUAGUUUUCUUAAACAUAAUUGAAGUAUGUAGCUUGUCCAUCCUAACAUUCUUUACCAGGUUAGGUAAAUUUUUCUGAUAAAUAAUUUUAAAUUAAACCAGAUUAAUAGAGUGAAAAUAUAUAAGUAACCAUAAGAGAUGAUUAAUCAGAUACAAAUUAAAAUAUUCAGGAAAUAAAACUACAAUUAGCAGCUUAAAAGGAAAUACUUUCAUAACUUUAUCAUUCAAUUUAAGAAUCUAAAUAUAUGAAGGUUUCAAAUUUUGAUUCUGAUAAGAGAAUAAGUGAAUAAAGAACAGUAAAAAGAGGAAUGGUUAGCGGAGUAGUUGAUCCAUGUAGUAGUCCAAUAAAGAAAGUAAUUAUAACAAAAGGAGCAUUCCCUGCUUUUACUAUUAUAAAAUCCUUAUCACCGAUAAGACUUUGA